AAAGAGAAGAUCGCGACGCGACCGCGCGCAAUUCCCGCCCGCUCGCUGGCAGUGCGCUGGCGGUGACAGGUGACUGCCGUGACGCGCGGUGCUCGUCCUCAUUGAUCGCCUUUCCGCGUUAAUCGCGUUUUCCCCUCGUUGUCGCGUACCGAUCGCGAUAUCGGCCGCGGUAUAUAUCGAUCGCACGACCGGAAUCGCACUCCUGAGUUUCCCCCCCCGAGGAAGGUUUUUCAGCGAUUUUCGCGGGCGAUUGGAUGUCAAUCCGCGUGGAGAAUCGUGACGAGGCGAUCGACGUCGCCGAUGGACCGCUCCGCGACGGCGUCGCGCCGCGUCCUGUCCUGAAAUGAUCCGCGGGCGAGCGACAGCGGAAGACGCGACUCGCGAUCGUCGUGCGAGAUGGGCUCGCGCCCGGUCACCGAUCCGACGAGGAUCCUCGCGCUGAUCGAGCAGCUGUGCGACCUGCCGUACACGGAGGUGCAGCGGCGGCUGAACAGAUACGUUCAGGACGCGACAAACGCAAAGCUAGUCUUUCUCAUAUCAGUCUUGGUAGAAUCUGAGGAAAUGGUUAUUCAUGUGAUGGGCGAUGAAAUUCUGGAUAGAGAAUUGAGAUUUCUCAUACCAAACAAUGUUUUGUACGAGGCUGUGAUAAAUAAGACAUCAUUAGCCCUGAGCGUUGCGAAACUCGAUAGUGAGCUAUUGAGAUACAUUAAUAGAAUAACAGCCACAACGCCGCAGUCCCUCUUAACGAUCCCGAUACAGCACCCUUUCAAGCAUUAUACAGCUUUGCUCGUGUGCCUGGUAGAUUAUGUGGAUGGAGAUGAGGCUAGGCAUGCUUGCACAGAAAUAGUUGAAGAAUGCUUUAGGUUUUGUCUUGGAUACUUGCUCGGUUCGUUACGCUGCUACGAGGAAACCCGUGUGAGACAGCAAUGUCAAGAUUUAUUAGCCGUUUCUAGGAAGCUCUUCACGUAUUUGGGAGACUUCCCUGAUCUCUUGCGCGAGAUUAUGGCAGAGGUCAGAAAACUGACGAACGCAGAGAGAUGUUCCUUAUUCUUUUUGGAUCCCGAUCAGCAGGACUUGGUUGCUAAAGUAUUCGACGGUCUUUCCACGGGAGAAAGUCUGAGCGAGAUGAGAAUACCCAUUGGACAAGGUAUAGCUGGUCACGUCGCGACUACCGGUAAAUUACUCAAUAUUCGAGACGCUUACAGCCAUCCCCUUUUUUAUCGUGGGAUCGACGAGGCAACAGGGUUUAAGACUAGAAACAUUUUGUGCUUCCCAAUACGCGACGAGAAAGGCAUCGUUGGAGUGGCUCAAUUGUGCAAUAAAAUAAACGGUUUAUACUUCGACGCCUUCGACGAGCAGAUCGCGACGGCGUUUAGUAUGUACUGCGGUAUAUCAAUAGUGCAUAGUAUCGUUUACAAGAAAAUGCAGGACGCUCAAGCCCGAAACAACCUUAGUAACGAGAUAAUGAUGUAUCACAUGAAGGUGGAAGAAUCUGCCGUGCAGGCAUUGUUGAAUUGCAGGGACGAUCACAACAUUAAAGAUUUCAGCAAGUUCCACUUCAGCCCGAGAAACGUACCUUACAAACACAUACCUUGUUACACUAUUAAAAUGUUUACCGACCUGGCUUUCUUAAAUCACUGGAAAAUUAAAAUGCCGACACUCGCAAGAUUUAUAUUGUAUGUCAAGAAAAGCUACAGAGACGCACCUUAUCACAAUUGGACACACGCAUUUUCCGUGGCGCACUUUGCGUAUCUUUUGGUAAAGAAUAUGCAGCUGCUUGAGGAAAAGUACAUGACGUCUUUGCAAGCUCUGGUGUUCCUUGUAUCAUGCUUAUGUCACGACAUUGAUCACAGAGGAACUAAUAAUUCGUUUCAAAUCGAGUGCGACACCGUGCUGGCAAGUCUUUACAGUUCGGAGGGAUCUGUUAUGGAGAGACAUCAUCUUGCGCAAACGAUGUGCAUUCUAAACACCGAGGGCUGCAACAUAUUUGAAAGUUUGGGUAGCAAUGAGUACAGCGAAGCUUUGGAUUGGCUCAGGAGCAAUAUACUUGCGACUGACUUAGCCAUUCACUUUCGUAGCAUAAAGAACCAAGAGGCAAUGAUUCAUAGCGGAUACAACAAAGACGAUCCGAAACAACGGAAGCUAUUAUUCGGAAUGCUCAUGACUUGUUGCGAUCUCAGUGAUCAGACCAAAGAUUGGAAAAUUUCGAAGAAAACAGCGGAGCAAAUAUUUGACGAAUUCUUCGCGCAAGGGGAUCUAGAGAAAAGCAUGGGCAGACCGCCUGUCGAAAUGAUGGACAGGGAACGUGCGUCGAUUCCUGAUCUCCAAAUACAAUUCAUCACCAACUUGGUUAUCCCCGUUUUUACUAAUCUGUCGUUAUUGUUCCCGUCGGUGCUACCUCUGGUCAAUAUGCUGCAACAGAAUUGUUCAAUAUGGGAAGCGGCUAGGACCGUGUUUCAAAAGUAUUUGAUGAAUGGAACGAAGGGAAUAGAUAUUUUGCUCGAUCCCAACUUUGAAGACGAGGUUCUUGAGAUAUUUGCUCAACGAGGUCAAUGUCCUGCUAAAAAUUCUAACAAGUGCACGAGAAGCAGAGAGUAAAAUGAUAUUUGAGGAAGAGGCAAAGUUUAAUGACUUUAACGAUUUGGAAUUUGCAUGUAGAAUUUCGAAUACAAAGCGAGGAUUGUUCCAUUCGUAAGAAUAUAAUGUGAUAAAUCUUU